CCAUUUAUCCUUAUGUGUACUUAAAGGUUAGGUAUUGGGAUUGAUACUUGUUAUAACUGAUUCGUCAUUGUAACGUAAACAAGAAAAAAAAGUGAAAAUUAAACUAAUCGAUCACAAAGUUUGAUUCCGCUCCUCUACUUAAAUAGAGUUGACGUACAAAAUCGAAACUCAAUCAUAUUAUAUUCAAUUUGAUUCGAUCAGGUUCAAUAUCCACCGACUUGCGCCUCUGCUCCCUUCUAUAAAUAAUUAGAUGCCCAAAACGUUGCCACACUCUCUAGAAUGCCAUAAACAAAAACCUAUAACCAGCUCAACACAGGUACUAAUGGACAAGGAGACGCCAUUAACGGAAGUUGCUGAAGUGCUUCACAUGAAUUCAGGGACGGGAGGAACUAGCUACGCCACGAACUCCUUGCUUCAGCAAACGGUGAUACGGAUGACGAGGCCGAUCACGGAGGAGGCGAUAAGGAAACUCCACACGUCGAUGAGCUUCCCAGCAAAACUAGCAGUCGCCGAUUUGGGCUGCUCGUCCGGGCCCAACGCUCUCUUCGUCGUGUCAGAUCUCAUCAAGUUCGUUGGCCGAUUAUGCGACGAGCAGGCCCACUGCAAAUACCCUGAAUUCCACGUGUUCCUCAACGACCUCCCGGGGAACGACUUCAACACCAUCUUCAGGUCCGUACAGAGCUUCCAGGAAAGGCUGAAUUCAGAGUACUCUGUGUUCAUCAAUGGAGUUCCUGGCUCGUUCUACGGCCGGCUUUUCCCAGCCGACAGCCUUCACUUCGUCCACUCGUCCUACAGCCUUCACUGGUUGUCUCGGGUACCUGAACAAGUAGUGGAAGCGAACAAGGGGAACAUUCACAUGGCUAGAAGCAGCCCUGAAGGUGUUUUGGUAGCGUAUUACAGGCAGUUUCAGAGCGAUUUUGGAUCGUUCUUGAAGUGUCGAGCGGUGGAGCUGGUGGCCGGAGGGCGGAUGGUUUUGACGUACCUUGGGAGGAGAAGUGAAGAGCGUGACAGUAGAGAGGCUGGUUAUAUCUGGGAGCUUCUGUCCAUUGCUCUCAACCAAAUGGCCUCCCAGGGAAUUAUAGAUCAGGAGAAGUUGGACAGCUUCAACAUCCCACAAUACAUGCCGUCGCCGACGGAGGUGGAAGCGGAAGUAAAGAGACAGGGAUCCUUCGCCAUCGAUCGCCUGGAGGUUUCCGACGUAAGUUGGGCUGUCUGCAACGGCGAGCUCAGCGGCACAGAUGAAUGCAACAUGGAAAACGGCGCCGGAUACAACGUGGCAAACUGCAUCAGAGCGGUGGCAGAGCCGCUACUGGUCAGCCACUUUGGUGCCGGCGGGGUAGAAGUUAUCGACGAGGUUUUCAGGAGGUACGCGGCCAUCGUGUCGGAGCGAAUGGCCAAUGAGAAGACCGAAUUCGUCAACGUCAUUGCCUCACUCAGUAAGAAGUUGGCGAGCCCAGCCCACUAGCCCACGUUUAAAUAUUCUUCGGCCCAAUAUAAUUUCACUGGGCCAUAAUGAAGGCUCUUAAUAUACUUGCUUGUAUUUAAGGCUCGUUUCGUGCAUGAUAGGACCAGAUGCUAAUGUAGAAAGCCCAAAGUCAAUUAAAUAGAGCACCAUCCGAAGCUAUGAGUAAGAAUGUAAGAUGGGCUGAGUUAGACCAAUAGAUCGUGGUCGAACCGAUCCACUCGAAUUGAUUUACUGCAAUCUGUAUUGAUAAAAGUUGUCCGUCUACGUGGACUGCAACUAGGUGUGCAGUGACCGGGUUGAUCUGCAUCGGACCAAAUCAAUGUAUGGACUAUAUCAUAUCGAAUCUAAUAUAAUACACUUUGGUUC